CUUCCGCACGCGGAACUUGGAGAGAAGAGGGAAGUUCAGUUUGUUUUUCAUCGCGGGGCGAAUAGAUUGUCCUCUAGUCUAAAGACACGCAGAAUGAAUGGAUACAACUGAAUUCUGCUCCUUUAGGAUUUCAGUUUGAUGCCUGCACGCCUUUUUACGUAUCUCAUACACUCCAGCCAUUAAAUAAGCUCCAGCAAAUGGCAGAGCCCGUGCUGAACGUCCAGGAGAUGCAGUUCUGGCUGGACAAAGCAGUGGCUUGGGGCCAGGCUGACAGUCCACAUACUCAGAAAGACACCUGCCUGCACUUGAGAAAAUUGAGUGACUUCCUCCAGCAACUCUUCACACAUAUGAACAACAUGAGCUCUACAACAGAGACCAUGAAGAGGCUGCCCUUCCUAGGCCAGUUUCUUGGCCGACUGUGCUGGAACCCUUAUGUCACUGCUGAUGUCACUAGCAGAAGUCUGUUGUUCCAGUGUCUGUGGGGACUGUACUCAGAGCAUCCAGGAAAUGCUGUGGAAAGAAGAGCCAACCAGUGGAUACGGAAAGUGUUGUGUCAGCUCGCUACAGAAGAAGACGAUGGUGCAGCCCAAGCAUUAAUGAGGCAUACCAGUGUACCACCUAAAGAAUACCACCUCAAAGUCCUGGAAAAGAUGGUGGCGCUGCUGCAGCGAAACAUUGAGAAGAGCUGCAGUUCUCUGGGCGACUUAAAUCAACGGUGUUCAUGUGACAGACUUCUGGCCACCUCAGAGGCUUGCAUCCCCCUGAUCACAUGUCCCGAGGCUGCUCCUCUCAUUGGUGCACUGCUGCAGCACCCAGUGACUUGUGUCAGGGCAGGACUUAGUGAAGACUUCCUGAAUUCCUUGAGCUCUGCCUACUCCAGGCAUUGUGUGUCACUAGAUGAGCAGGCGGUCAUCUCUCUGUGGUAUCACAACCUGUCCAGCCUGGAGGAAGCAGUGCUCAGUCUGCUGGAGCAUGUUCUCACCAACACAGGGUCUGCACCACAGAAGCUAAAGCAGCAACUGGCACAGUCACUGCUGCCUAAAGCCUGUGCUCAACACUGUUCCAUAUUCUUGAUUGUGAAUGACAUCUUCAGGUCCAUCCUUAGGCAGACUGAAAGGACUGUGAUGGUUAAGUAUCUUAUCCAAACCUUCACCAGCCUUUUCCUCAGAGAACUGGCACUGCUGCAGCAUCAGACAAGUGUACCUUUGAAGGCCUUGUUCCCACAGUCACCUCAGAGUCUGCUAGCACCUCUCUUGACCCUGCCGUCAGACAUGCCUCGGGAGGCUUGGCGACAUCACCUGAACUGGCUCAGCGGCUUAUUACAGAGAAUUGCAGAGGAGGAAGAGGAUGGAGGUGGAGACAGCAGCAGUAGUACCAGGGGGCACCUCAACAUGUUUGAGGCCUGGUUUCUGCUGGUUCAGUGUGCACAUUGGGUGCAGGUGGUUCUCCAGCUGCUGGUGACAUCAGGGCCUGAUGACUGCAGUCCUCUCCUGUGGCUGCUCACCUUCUACCACCACCCCACCAACAGGGGGCACCACAGAGCACUACACCUGGUGCAUGCCAAAGAGGCAUGGGACCACCUACGCUCCCUCUUCUUGGUCUCAUCUCGUCCUCUUCCUGUUGAUCGCCUGCAGUCAUUGGUCUCUCUGCUGACACCACAACCUCAGCAACCGUCACAGUCGCCAUUAUUGAUCCUCAACCUCGUAGUCAACUUUGCUGUUUUCUUCCAACAAUCGCUGAAUGGAUCAGCAGAGAUUUUACAGACGGUGGUGGAUUGGUCUGGUCUUGUUGCUGAAGCAGCGUGCGUUCUCAGCUCACUGGAGCUCAUGCUAGACGAAGGAAGCUGCUUAUCAAGCGACGCUAACAGAGUUCAUCUCAGGAUCGAGGCACUUCAAAACACACUAACGCAUAUGCAUGCAGCAUCAAGCCUUGCCGAGAACCAAGCACAGACACUCUGAAACAGGCGGGAGCACAUACCCCUCCCACACACACCCACACACACACACACACAUUAAUGCACAUAACCACACAGUCGGUGGGGGGUUUCAGGACACCUUAGCAGAAUGACAAAUAGCCACACUGGUGCAGAUAUGCUGCGGUACAAUGACAGGAGUGUGUCAAAACAGCACAGGGAGGACAGAUUACAUGGAGAGGCUGCAAUUAUACACACACACACACACAUAACACAACUACAAGGCCCACAAGGACACUCGAGCAGCGACAGAUCACACUGCAAAGAAGCAGCAGCUCGUACAACGUGUCAGUCCUCCCACUCAUAUACUGUAAUUGUCUGACAAUUUAAAUCCUUCAUGCUACGCUUUGCUGACUGAAAGAUGUUUAGGUUUGGAGGACAGGGCAACUAAGCACCAGUUAUCUUUGCAUAAUUACCAAUUGUGCCAAAAUGUAUUCCUAUGAAAAAUAUCUUCUGACAGCACUGACUAUGUGAACCUUUUUUUGUUGCUUCAUUGUUUAUGGAGAUGAAUUGUUCUCUGUCCUUUUUUUGUUGGAGCUGUAAUUUUAAGCGUAUCUAACAUUUCAGAAUAUUAAUAUAAUGAUGCUAAUAAUAUAAUGUGCUACAUAACACACUUUAUGAAUACUGCUUGAGCUGGACAGAGCUUACAAGCAAAUAUAUAUUGUAUAUUUAUAUUUUUGUAAUGUCUAAGCAGAAUUAUAUUUCAGAAUUAUUCAGUUGGCAUCGUUCAGGAUCACUGAUGUUUUGUUCUGGACUUAAUGUUAUUCAGUGUGUUUUCAAUGUGGAUAUGUUUUCCACCUUUAAAAGUAAAAUGUUGCCAAGGAUUAGACUAAUUACUGAAGUUCCACGUAAACGUCUUAAUUUUUUGUCAGACAAACGCUGCCAUCCUAAUUUCUUAUUAAAGAAAUAUUAUGCAGUCAGAUCUCAGUUUAACAAUGGGCUAAAAAAUGUGAGGAAAGAUGUUCUCAUUAAUCAGUAGACAUUGCAGUCAGCACAAUAAAUUCGUCUGACCUCGGAGAGGCAGCAGCACAGAAAUCUAACCAAAGCUGACCUCACAAGAUUUUCUUGCAUUUGUGAACAAAAAUAUACCAGGAAUUUUUUCCCCCUUGUUUUAUGAAUACAUUAACAACCAACAUCUUAUAGACAAACAGAUGCCUAUGAAAUGACAAUCUGGCUGUAAUACUGGUACCCUUAAUUGCAUGUGAAAUCCGCAUAAUAGCCAUGAGAGACUAACUUAUGUUCAGGUUUUGCUCAAUGAGUGAUGGAGUAAGCUUAAAGAAAAAUCAUUGCAUGGAUUUAUUUUAAGAAAACAUCAUUUUAUUUCAGCGUGAACAUAUCAAAGAUUUUCACUUAAAAUUAUACGGAGAAAAAUUGUCAUUUCUGCUUGCAGAAAUACCCAGAGUUGUCUGUUGUAUAUUUUCCAGCGUUGUCGCAGGCCAGAGUGAAGUAAUUUGUUAUGUAUGAAAACAUGACAAAGUAUUUCCAUUCUAAACUCUUAAGAAGCAGAUCGUGGCUUCAGACUAAACAAACAUGAACUCACACGGACGCAGCCACACGACGCACACACGGAGAAACAAACUUAAACACAGCAGCUCAGGUUCUUAAAUGUGAAUGGGGGGGGGGGGACAAAGUCUUUUUACAUGAUCUGUCAUUUUCAACAGGUGAAAUGAUGUAAUUUUUCUCUCUUACCACAACAGUAAUGCAGGCAACAACAUCAUAUCUCACUCUGAACAGCUGGUAUUGUUUUUAAUUCACACACACACACACACACACACACACAAUCACACUCUCUUUAGACUUGAAUGAACAGAACUGCUGUGCUCUAAAACUUGCCAGUUGGCCUUGGCUGUAGAGGAAGAGUACAGCCUUCUGGUGUUCACGCUGCCGAGCGAUUCUGCAGCGUCCCCUCUGCUACAGAGGAAGAAGAGGUGAGUGCUGGACCCCCAUACACCCCCGUGUGCCAAACUCCUGUCAUCUCCAUCUGCAGUCAGCAACCUGGAAGAGAAAGAUACAUAUAGAUUGGAGAAUUACAGAACAUUUGGUAGAUGUCUUAACAAUCUGUUGAUAUCUACCUGAUGUGAAGGCAAACGCUGAACACUGUGUUCGGUCCGUACAAAUAAUCUAGUUUAGGCACAGAUACCGAGCAGGUUUUUGAGGUGGAUACCAAAAGUUGAAAACAAACCAUUAACCAAAAGAGUUUUAAAGAGGAUCUCAUCAAUUUGAUU